AUGGAGUAUUACUAUGCCAGGAUUUAUGGUGAGGAUGCUAAAAAAUUGGUUGAAAGAGUUUGCAAUGCUUUUUCGGAUAUUUUUAGUGAAUAUGGGAAUGAAUCAUCUCAAACAAUGCCUUAUGGUUCUCAUUUGGGAGAAAACAGCUCUAGUAGUUCUCUAAAUCUUGAUGGUUCAAGUGACAAGUUGAGUGGAAUUGAUGAAUGGUGCUCAUUUUUGGGCUUUUGA